AUAAGAGAGGGAAACUCGCAGCGAAACGUGAAAAAGGUCCUUCGACAAUAUUACAUCAGAAGCAGUACAAGCUACUGUACGUGGAAAUAUAAAUACAUCGGUGACCGACAAUAUUAUAGAAAAGACAGGCCUGUUGUGAAAUUUCUAGAAUUUCCGUCACCAAAUCACGACUACAAUAAUUUGGAACGAGCCACCUGAAGAAAGGUUGGCAUCAUGUCUCAGAAGCAGAUAUAUUACUCUGACAAAUAUGACGAUGAGAAAUUCGAGUAUAGGCACGUGAUGCUGCCCAAGGACAUUGCCAAGCGUGUGCCCAAGACCCAUCUGAUGUCAGAGACUGAGUGGAGGAACCUGGGCGUCCAGCAGAGUCAAGGCUGGAUACACUACAUGAUCCAUCAACCAGAGCCCCACAUCUUGCUUUUCCGUCGUCCACUGCCCGCAGCCUGAUCUCAGACAGCGUGCGUGAGAGAACACUCAUAGAGAAGAAGAUAAGAGAGUGGCUGGAGAUGAAUGAAUAAAGACUAUUUUCCACAUGUGUAUCGUAUACAUUGCAGUGGAGCCAGAGUCAAGAGCUCCAACCCACUGUCCUCACUCACUGUAAAGCCUUUCACAUUUCCUAUGGACCUGCUUGGAACCCUUUCAUCCUUUUCUCUAUCUGUAUUUCUGUAAUCAUUCAAACGUUUGUAUUUGGACUAACUUGAUAAUGUUUUCUGGCUGUAUGUCUGGGAAGAAAAAGAAAAGCUGAGGUUGUGGCAACACUUUAAUUAUUCUAAACCUUACUUGCUGUGCGUUGACUAACAUGAUGCUAAUAUCUAUUUUAAGCUAUAUAGUAACUGUAAAAUGUAAGGGGGACAUUUUUGAAAGCGCAAAUGUGCAGGGAUACAUGUUAUGGCACUUGAUUCAUCUUGUUUUGAAUACUGCAGAUUGUAUCAAGUGUAUGCACACGUACUCUGGACAUUGUAAAAAUAUAUGUUUAAAAAAAAAAAAUCAUAAUAAUUGUGACCUGCAGUUAUAAGUAACGCUGUUGACUGUCUGCAUUUUAGAGUUGUCAAAAUGGGGCCCAAGAUCUUUGUUGCCAUGUCUAUUAUUGUACAAAUCAGCUGCUCAGUAUUUAUGAAUUCUUGUACCCCGAAAAUAAAUGUUUUUUUAUUUUGU